GAGUAGUGUGACGCUGUCGCACUCAGAAACGCGUCUCACCCUCACGGCACCGAACAGAACUGUGUUGACUCCCGGCAGGACUAAAAAAAUGAAGACAAUGCUAACGACUUAAUCGGAACGCUCCUCGAACAGCUAUGGGCUCUGCUCCCAGCAGGUGUGUCGCUGGCAUCGACAGUGGGAGUGGCCAGGCGGCGGACGGUCGGCCUAUCGUAGAGAAGGAUGACACCAAGAGGCGGAGCUCCGGCAGGAGACACAGCUCAGGAGAGACGGUGCACUGUCCCACCUGCCAGGGUACUGGACGUAUACCUAGAGGUGAGGAGAGUAAGCUGGUGGCUGUGAUUCCCUGCACUGACCAGAGGCUGAAACCCAGACACACGAAGUCGUACGUCGCAGUGUCCAUCGCCGUGUGCCUAUUGGUCAGCUCCCUGGUGUUGUUCUUCCUGUUCCCCCGCUCCAUCCUUCUGUCUCCUGUGGCGGUCCAGUCAUCCUUCGUUUACUUCACAGACGAAGGCAUCCAAAUACACAUCACGAAUGUGUUGAACAUCACCAACAAUAACUUUGGAGGGAUGCAGGCCUACAACCUGAGCGUGCAGGCCCUUAACUUUGACACAGUGGUGGGAUCAGUCUCCAUCAAGAACGUCACAUACGUCAAUCCUCUGUCAAUCAAAAUGUACUCCUUUGUGAUUCCCGUCAAAGUGACAGAUUCUGAGCUGAGUGAUUACUGUAAGAAGGAGUCAUUACCCGUCCACAUUCUGUACCUGCACCUACAGAUGUCCAUGACAGUUUACUACCUGGCCCACUAUGAGCAGCUCUCUCUGGACACAUACGAGUACAUCGACUGUGGAUCAAACAGCACCAUACCGCACAGUGUGCUACCUCCACCUCCCUGAUGGAUGGAUAGAUGGACGGAUGGACAGAGGAACAGAUGAACAGAGACAAUGUUUAUGAAGUGGAAUAGUUGGCAGUGUAAUGUGUUUUUUUUUUCUUUUCUUUUUCAUGAACUGUAUCGCCAAAAUGUUGGAUAAAACCAUUAUGUGAUUCCUGGUUGGUGUUCCUCAUGGAUGGAUGGAUGGAUGGAUGAGGAGGCACCUUCCUGUGUCUGAAGGAAGAAACUGUAGCUAUCACUCUCAUCCUCGCCACCUUGAUGGUUUUGGACAGUAGAUGUUGAGAAGGAGCCUGAACAUACACUGACAGUCUUAACGUUGGUGCAGUGAUGCUACAGUGAAGACCUGAUUAUACUCUGAUUUAAGAUCACAUGAUGUUACUGAAAGUCCAGACAGUCAUGUGACCAUGUUGUGAUAUUUUUGUGCUGGUGUAGAUUUUGACCACUCUAAAAAUAAUGUUCAGUACAUUCAAAUGUAUCUCAUUUUACUCA